CCUUGUACCACUUGAUUCAGUUUCCUGCAACCGAUCUGAUAUAAUCCUGCGUACAGUGAUUGGAAUAAUCAAUCAAGCUGAAGAAAACGCAUGAAAAACAUUGGCGGUGUUGAACUAGAGUGAAUAGCUUUCACAGUCGUUACCGAUCAGGCGUGCUAUAAACAUAACGAGAUCGAUAUUUUAUUUUUGUGUUGUUUUCUUGGAUGGUGCUUUUUAUUUUGACGUAAUGCUGCCGAAACAGGAUGUGGAGAUUUAAUAUUAUGUGUUCCAGUAUUGAUUUUGUGCUUCCAUUCUGACACCAGUGCCCAAAUGGCGGUCAGUUGGUUUGAUAACUGGAGCCCUCCUCCCAACGUAUUUCCAGACCACCACCCAUUCCAUGCUCCACUUGGUAAUCAAAGCUACAACCAUCAAAGAACCGUGGAUAAAUAUGGUCCCAUCUCCAACCUCUUGCCGUUCUUCCUCCAACUGGGCCUACUCGACGUUCCCAAUAACUACGAGCCCGCCGAACGCACAGGCCCCUUUGUGACAUGGUACCAAUGGAAAAUGAUGGAUUUUCAAUAUGAGACACCUGAAGAUCGAGAGUUCGCCUUAUCAAACGGAGAUUUCAUUCCUGAAAAUAAUCUUCCACUGGGAGUGGAAGUCUAUAAGGACCGCCUUUUCAUCACCAUGCCCAAGUGGAAGCCUGGAGUUCCCGCUACUUUAGCUGUUUUGCCAAAAACACCCAAAGAACUUACACCAAAGCUGGUACCAUACCCCAAUUGGGAUUACCAUAACACAAUUUCCUGCCAAGGCCUGACAUCAGUAUUUCGCGUUCAAGCCGACACUUGCGGCCGCUUAUGGGUCCUCGACUCCGGCCUAAUCAACGUCACCAUCAAACCCAAGCAAGCAUGCCCUCCCCAAAUAUUCAUCUUCGACCUCUCCACCAACAAACUCAUCCUCCGUUACGAGCUUCCCGAAGAAUUCAUCAAACAAGACGGCCUCUACUCCAACAUAGCCGUAGACAUCCGCGACAACGACUGCGUCAACGUCCAUGCCUACCUAACAGACGUGUGGAGGUACGGUUUGGUGGUGUUCAGCUUGGAGAAACGAAGAAGUUGGCGAAUCACUGACCACCUCUUCUACCCAGAACCGUUAGCAGCAGCUUACAACGUCCACGGUCUUGAAUUCGAAUGGGUCGACGGAGUCUUCGGGUUGUCUCUAAGUCCCUAUAACCGCAAAGCACAAGACAGGAUCCUCUACUUUCACCCAAUGUCCAGCUUCAGAGAAUUCUACGUGAAGACGUCGGUAGUGUGUAACGAGACCGGAUGGAGCGAUGUUAAAGACGCCUUUAAGGUUAUGGGUCAAAGUAGGGGAAGGUUCGGGCAUGUUUCUGCGUCUGCUAUGGACAGGAAUGCAAUAAUGUUUUUCAAUAUGGUGACGAGGGAUUCAAUUGGGUGCUGGGACUCGAGGAAGCCGUAUAAGAGGGAUAAUAUAGGUGUGGUUGCCAAGAGUACGAAGAGCUUGGUUUUCCCCAAUGACUUGAAGAUUGAUAAUGAGGAGAGACAGAGUGUGUGGAUUUUGUCCAAUCGAUUGCCAUUUUUUCUGUACAGAGAACUGAACAAGAAAGAGUAUAAUUUUAGGAUAAUGUCGGCCUACACCGACGAAGCCAUAAAGGGGACGAUUUGUGAUCCAGAAGUCAAGCGGUUUGAUAGUUUCAGGAGUUAUCCGGAUGGGGAUGAUUGUUAUUAAAGAUUGUAAUUAGCACUAUAUAUUAAAUUAUUACUAAAAUAAAGUUAUUUUCUAAGUU